AUGGCUUUACUUAUUUUUGGAUUGGUGUUAUUUCCUAAUAUGGAGAAGUUAGUUGAUGCAGCAGCUAUCAGCGUGUUUUGGGCUGUCAAGGUUAAGAAUGAAGAUACAGUACCCGCACUCCUAGCAGAUGUUUAUCACACCUUGCACUUACGCUUUGAGAAGAAGGGAGGACUGAUGUUAUGUUGCAUACCACUCCUUUACCAAUGGUUUGUCUCUCAUGUGUUCAAAGAGGUUGAUACAAUUGAAAGUAUGGAUGGAUAUGAGUGGUCUCAAAAGCUAGUAGGACUCACUGAAAAUACCAUUAUUUGGUAUCCUCAUGGUUUGAAUGUGGGAGAUACGAUUACUAGUUGUGGAGAAUUUCCGAAUAUACCAUUGAUAGGGUCAAAAGGGUGCAUUAACUACAACCCUAUUUUAGCAGUGAGGCAGUUGGGUUAUCCUAUCACAUACAAGCCGGAUGAUCAGUUGUUAGAAGGUUUUGUGUUCCAUGAUAUGGAGGAUCUCAUUAUGCUGAGAAGGGUUAUCUGUGCCUGGGAAAAAGUUCGCUUCAGAGGACAAGACAAAGGAAAGGGUGUCAUAGGGGAUAGAGAACCCUAUCAUCAAUGGGUCACCAGAAGAAGUCAAGAGAUUAAGCUGCCAUUCAUCCUUGAUCCUCCAACUCAACCUCCACCACCAGAACCCAUCCCUGUCUCUAUGGAAGAAGUGGAAGCGUUGAGAGCUACUACAGCAAGACUUGGACGAGAAAAUGAAGAGCUACAGACCAGCUUCCAGCAAGUUUUAAAUGAAAGAAAUGAAAUAAAGUGGGAACUAGAGAGGAAGAAGGCUCAGCUAGAAGCGACUGAGGAAAAAGUCGACAAGGAAGAACGCAAGAGAAAGAAAGUGAAAGUAGGCAUGGAACAAGCUGACCACUGCCUAGAAACCAUUAAAGAGCAGUUGAGACAGGUUGAGAAAGAGUGCCAAAAGAAUAAGCGAUGGUGGCUACGAGCUACAGAAGAGAAAAAAGAAGUUAGAGAAAUAUUGGAGGCUAAGAUACACAAUCUCACUAUCUCCCUCCACAAUACUGAGAACCAAGUCGAGCACGAGCGCCGACUUAAGGAAAGAGCCCUUGAAGCUUCUCGAGUCACACCUACGACAUGGGCUGAGAAAUGUCAAGAAGCAAAAGAUGCUAGAGAAGUCGCUCAAUAA